ACAAGCCUCCAAGUUUACCUCAAAACACAGUUAAAAAAAAAGAAGAAAAAGUUGCGUAAAUCGUAGUAAUAAUAAUGAGAAAAUGCGAAUUAAAAAUGGGAUAAAGGCGGCGAGCAUGAACGUGAUCGCGAGUGAGUUGAAUUGAAGACAACUUGAGAAUCAGAAUCAGAUCUGGUGUGGUGGCUGUUACUGUUUAGCAGCGAUGGCCAAAGCGUCGAUUUUCAUUUACAUACUCGUCGCAGCGGCGCUUCUCAUAUUCCUCUCCCAUUCCCCGGAUAAGCACUCCGGCCACCGCCACCGCCGCCUCAAGCUGCGCUCCAACUUCACCCUCGCCCCCUCGCGCCACCACGCCGUCGCCUUCGACCCGCUCGUCGCCGAACUCGAGCGGCACCGCGAAGACAAGGAGUGGGAGAAGAAGAUAAUCCACCAGGCCCUGCCCGAACUGGAGUCGGACCCGGCCCCGGCCCACGAGUCCCAGCCCGAGUGGGAGGACUUCAUGGACGCCGAGGAUUACCUCAAUGACGAGGACAAGUUUAAUGUUACCAACCGGCUCAUACUCUUGUUCCCGAAGAUCGACGUGGACCCCACCGAUUGGUUCGUUACGGAGCACGAGUUGAUUCAGUGGAACCUCCAGCAGGCCCAGCGCGAGGUCCUGCAUCGCACGCAGAGGGAGAUGGAGCUUCACGAUAAGAACCACGAUGGCUUCGUUUCCUUCUCCGAGUACGAUCCUCCCAGUUGGGUUCAAAAUGCAGAUAAUGAAUCUUUCGGUUAUGAUAUGGGUUGGUGGAAAGAAGAGCAUUUUAAUGCAUCGGAUGCUGAUGGAGAUGGUGUUCUAAACUUAACUGAAUUCAAUGACUUUCUGCACCCUGCUGACAGCAAAAAUCCCAAGCUUCAUCAAUGGUUGUGCAAGGAGGAAGUCAGGGAAAGAGAUACAGACAGAGAUGGGAAGGUCAACUUUAAAGAAUUUUUCCAUGGGCUAUUUGAUUUGGUAAGGAACUAUGAUGAAGAAAGUCACAAUGAUACACAUAAUUCUGAUAAUUCAAUGGAUGCUCCAGCUAGAGUGUUGUUUGCUCAGCUUGACAAGGAUGGGGACGGAUACCUGUCAGAUGUCGAACUACAGCCCAUAAUUGGCAAACUCCAUCCAUCUGAGCAUUAUUAUGCAAAACAACAAGCAGAUUAUAUCAUUUCACAGGCAGACGAAGACAAGGAUGGUCGUCUUACUUUGACUGAGAUGAUCGAGAACCCAUAUGUAUUUUAUAGUGCUAUUUUCAACGAUGAUGAAGAUGAUGAUAGCGAUUAUCACGACGAGUUCCGGUAAAUUCAUGUUAGGAUACCCAGAAAAGUUUGGCACAAUUCUAGUGACAAGGAAUCAGUAUUUGAAGAUUAUGACACGACAGAAUUUUGAUGUUUCGGCCCUUAGUAGGUUCUUAGUCUCAAUCAUGGUGGGCUUUUUGUGCGAUGACAACAUUUAUUGCUUCUUGCCAUUCAUAUUAUCUGCGAGUUCUUAUUAGCUGAUGGGAUCCUCCGUAGCUUGUCGAAGAGUCACACCUGGAUCAGUUGUAGGAUGACAGGAUCUCAACUUAAAUGUAAAAUUUGUAGAAUAAUAUACAAAUUUUCGAAUCACUGGUUCAACCAUCAUUAAUUAAGUACAACAUCUCUAUUCUCAAUGGAUAAUACAUGUACCAUAUGACUGUGACUAUAAUGACCGUCAUGAUCCUGGUAGCAUUGUCAGAAUAUUUUGGGACCCAAUACCAAUCAUAUUGUUUAGCGAAACGUUAAUAAAAAAGUUCAAGAGUUUUUGGUAUUUCGA